ACACUCAUCACUGUCUGUGCUGCUGGUCUGUUCCUGUUCUCUCUUUCUCUUGUUCUCUCGUUUUUGCUUUCUGUGUUUUAAUGAUGAAUCUGUGCAGUUAAAGAAUCAUUUAAAGUCUUCAUCAAUGACGUGUGAGAACAUCAGGAUUGUUUGUCUCAACAUCUGCUGUGAAGAUCUCAUGUAAAACUGAAAAAACAUUCAGAGUUUAUCAUCAUGGAUCUUUCAUUUAUGGCUGUACAGCUCCCUGUGAUGAGCGGGGCGUUUAUGGACGCAUCACCUGCGGAUGACUGCAGCACUGAUCAUUCUCUGUUUAAUUCAUCCGCCAGCGUCAACGCUCCUCCUCUCACCGCAGCGCAGGCGCAACAGGAAGAUCAGCAGCGUGUGUCCAGCGACGCAGUCUGGCUCUGGAUCGCAAUUUUCGCCACCAUCGGAAACAUUGUGGUGGUCGGUGUGGUUUACGCUUUUACUUUCUGACACCUCAGAGCUUUGACAGAGUGACUUUUUGUUGCAGAUGCAGCGUUUCACUGGAUUUAUUGACCUGCAGGUCUCACUCCCUGUAAGAAGAUCUCAUGUGUUUGACACAUUUGGAUCAAAAGAUCUUUUAGGAAAGAUGACCGGUAUUUAUCUCAAAGAAUCAUAGGCCAAAGUCACAAUAAAACAAUAUUUCAGACCAACAGUGACAUCAACAGCACCAUAAAUCAAACUGUACCAGUUGAUUGGUUGUUCUGACUGGAAGGCGGGACUUCCUUUACUCGAGUGACUCUAUUUGUAUAUCUAGUGUUUCCUAGUAAUAGGACUACAGUACCCGCACUGCCACAUAAUGACACAUCAGUGAUCUGAAAUACUUGAAUCUGAUUGGUCAAUGCAAUGUUUUCUGAUGUCACUAUACUGUAUAAUUGACUGUCAUCUGUGCUAGUUUAAAGCAUCACUUCACAUUCUUCUUCUAACAUUAUACACUCAACUAUAUGAUCUCCAGUUAUUUAUUUGGUAUGUAGUCUGGUAAUUACUGAUUUUUCUUUGUUACAAUAGACAUAAUAAUAUAAAAUAUCGUUUGAUAUGGCGUUUCUCUCUUCUACAGUACAGUACAGUUUCUCUUUUUAACAAUUGUUUUAAAUGUUGUAUUGUAAUACUUCUCAUAUAAUCCCUCCAAGGAUGAUUCACUUUGUUGUAUAUUUCAUUUGAAAGAUACACUUUCAAGUCACUUUAAAUGAAAAUGUUAAUGUUUUUCUUCAGUAUUAUUCUGUUUGACUGAAAUAGUUCCUGCGGUGUAAAUUGGUUUUGAUCACCUGUGGUCCAGUGGAAGCUGUUGCCGUGGUGAUAAAACCAUUUUAAUGAAGUGACUCUUCAUGUGAUGCUGAUAUGAUGUCUCAUUAUUUACUCUCUUUGAAUACAACAGUGAUGAUAUGAACUCAAGUUGCCAUAACUGCAUAAAGUUUUCUUGUUUCCAUGGGGACCACGAAUCUGGGACACUGGCAGGUCCUCACGUUAAGAAUUGGGAAUCAGGAUAUUGUCUUGAAGUAACUUCAUAUUUAAAAGUGCACUUCCAUUGAAGAAAUUCAGUAUGCAGUAUUCAUGCAUUUACUAUCCAGUUUAUGCACGCCCAGUACAGUACAGUAUUAAAGAGAUACAAAGGUCCUUCAUAGAGUCUGCAAUAUUCAAAACAGUAAUAAAUGUGUUUAAACAUUCAGACCCAUAUUAAAAAUAAUGUACACAAUUUCUCUGAACAGAAAUACAUUUUAUAUAAAAUGAUGAUAGAUUUCAUUAUAAAGCUGAUAUUAUAAAGCUUUGCACAGAUGAUUGAAGUUAA